AUGUCCGCCCGCCCGCCGCCUGCCCGGCCACACAUCGGCCUGAACCCGACGACCAAAUUCUCGUCCUACUCCAUCAACGACUGGGGCGAAGACGACGCCUGGGACUCCGCCUCCGAUUCUGAGUCGACCUCCAAGCCGGACUGGAAGCGCACCAACGCCCGCGCGUCCGCAUCGACCGCGACCGCGACCGCUCCCAAGCUCGUGCCCCGCUCGCCGACGGUGCACGACUCCGACUCGUCCUCCGCCCUCGCGUUCUCCUACACCCACGUCCAGGCCCCGAGCUCGUACCCGCCCAAGGGCGACCCGCCCGGCGGUGGCGGCAAGAACGGCUGGACGAUCGUCCGCAAGUCGACGGAGCGCGGCAGCGUCGACUCGCUCUCCGCGUCCGCGUCCGCGUCCACCGCGGCGGCGCCGUCCCACAGCGCGGCGUCGAACGACUCGCUCGACGCGGGCAUGGUCGUCGGCGACAUCGAGCCCGACCCGGACUCGGUCGAGGCGUCCGCGGGCCCGGCGAAGCGGGGGUUUGCGACGGGCGUGCUGCGAGACGAUGCGCAGGCGAUCGCGCAAGAUCCGCUGCGCAUGGUCACCCGUCCCAAUCCAAACCUAAGCAACGGCAAGGGGAGGGCGGAUGCGUAUCCGGGCGAGUCGGAGAAGGAGGCGCGAGAGCAUUCGAUACGAGAAAACAGGCGGCGCAAGUUCAUUGACUGCAUCGACAGGGAGAACGUGGACAUCGCGCAUCUGCGGAAGCUGGCGUGGAACGGAGUGCCCGCCGAUCUGCGACCUCUUGUCUGGCCUCUGCUUCUGGGAUAUCUCCCACUCCCAAAACCCACACGUGCGUCAACAGUCGCCCGCAAACGGCGAGAAUACGCUUCCCUCGUCGACACAACGUUUGCUCGCGGCCGGGACGGACUUGACCAGCAGAUCUGGCACCAAAUUGAGAUCGAUGUACCAAGGACACGCCCUGGGGUGAUGUUGUGGAUGCAGGGGUCGACACAACGGAGUCUGGAGCGAAUCCUGUAUGUCUGGGCGAUCCGCCAUCCGGCGAGCGGGUACGUGCAGGGCAUCAACGAUCUUGCGACACCCUUCUUUCAAGUGUUUCUAUCCGCAUACAUCGACUCUGACCCUGAAGAGUUCGACACUACACUCCUCCCCGAGGAGAUCCGAAAGGCCGUUGAAGCCGACACAUUCUGGUGUCUAUCACGACUCCUCGACGGCAUCCAGGACAACUACAUCGCUGGGCAGCCUGGCAUUCACCGAAGCGUAAAGCGGAUGGCAGAGCUGGUGGCUCGAAUAGACUCACCGCUUGCGGCGCAUCUGGAGGCGGAGAACGUCGAGUUCAUGCAGUUCGCGUUCCGGUGGAUGAACUGCCUGCUCAUGCGCGAGAUCAGCGUGCAGAACACGAUCCGGAUGUGGGAUACGUACCUCGCGGAAGGCACGGACGCAUUCUCGCAGUUCCACCUGUACGUCUGCUCCGCGUUCCUCGUUCGGUGGAGUAAACGACUACGAGAGAUGGAUUUCCAGGGCAUUAUCAUGUACCUUCAGUCCCUCCCCACGUCUGGCUGGUCUGAUCAUGAAGUCGAAAUGCUCCUCAGCGAGGCGUUUGUGCACUAUUCGACGUGGCACAACGCGCAGAGUCAUUUCGGCAGCUAA